AUGAACGAUCAAAACUGGAAGGCUUUGUCCAAUGAGUUGAGGCGCAGAGCUCAACAAGCUCGCCAGUCAGGUGGAGGCAAAAAUCCCAAAAGCCCAUUGGCAAUUUUUGGUGGAAUUGGUGGAAUUUUAGUCUUGGGUGGAGUUGCUAUGUUUGCUCAAAAUGCUUUGUUCAAUGUAGACGGUGGUCAACGUGCCAUAUUAUACUCGAGAAUUGGUGGGGUUCAACAAAAAAUCUAUCCAGAAGGUACUCAUUUUGUUAUCCCUUGGUUUCAAAGACCAAUCAUCUUUGACGUUAGAGCUAAACCAAAAGAAAUUGCAUCAUUGACUGGUACGAAAGAUUUACAAAUGGUGAAUAUAACUUGUAGAGUAUUGUACAAGCCAGAUAUAUUUGAAUUGCCAACAAUAUUCAGGACAUUGGGAACCAACUAUGAGGAGAAAGUAUUGCCUUCGAUUGUCAAUGAAGUGUUGAAAUCAGUCGUUGCUCAGUUUAAUGCUUCACAAUUGAUCACUCAAAGAGAGAAAGUUUCCCGAUUAGUCAAGGAAAACUUGUUGCGCCGUGCUUCAAAGUUCAACAUUUCAUUGGAUGAUGUUUCUUUGACUUAUAUGACUUUUUCGCCUGAGUUCAGUGCUGCUGUUGAAGCCAAACAAAUUGCUCAACAAGAUGCACAAAGAGCUGCAUUUAUUGUUGAUAAAGCAAUCCAAGAGAAGCAACAAUUGGUGGUCAAAGCUCAAGGUGAGGCUAAAUCCGCUGAAUUGAUUGGUGAAGCAAUCAAGAAAUCUAGAGACUAUGUCGAAUUGAAAAGGUUGGACACAGCUAGGGAAAUUGCAAACAUUUUGGCAUCAUCUCCAAAUAGAAUUAUUUUGGACAAUGACACCUUGUUGUUAAACACUGUUGCUGAUAGCCGUAACAAUAGAAAAUGA